ACGAACACAUAAACACAGACAAAUAUAGACGAGCCUAACCGCUCACUGUGUGUGUAUCUCAGUGGGUGAGUCUUUCUUUGUCUGCUUCUAAACCCUAAUUACCCCAAAAUCUCAGGAGAAAAGGGGAGUGUGGAACAGGAGGGGUUUCAUCUAUCUGUCUGUAUCUUUGAUUGGAGUUAGGUUUUGGUUAAUUUCGUAAUUAUGGAGAGAUCCGAUGGCAAAGAUUUCAAUGACUUCACCGACCCGUCCAGCAGCUCAGCUUCUGGUAGUGCGCUGUUCGAUGCAUCCCAGUAUGCAUUUUUCGGAAAAGAUAUAGUUGAUGAAGUGGAGUUAGGGGGUCUGGGAGAUGAAGAAGAGGGCCUUCCCGGUGGAUUUGGUGGUGAAGAGGAGUUGAAUGAGUAUCAUCUGUUCGAGAAAGAUGAGGGCUCAGGAUUAGGAUCAUUAUCUGAUAUAGAUGACCUGGCAACUACGUUUGCAAAGUUGAACAAAGUUGUUUCUGGACCAAGACAUCCUGGAGUUAUUGGUGAUCGAGGAUCUGGAUCUUUCUCGAGGGAGAGUUCAUCAGCUACACAAUGGACACGAGAGGCAGAUUUUCCUGAUUGGUUUGACCAGCAUAUAUCUGACUCUGAAUAUUAUGAAGAAAGUAAGAGAUGGCAAUCACAGCCCCAUCUCUCUUCAAUGUAUCUUCCAGAAUCUAAACCAUUAUACAGAACAUCAUCGUACCCGCUGCAGCAGCAACAGCUGCCACACUUUUCUAGCGAGCCUAUCUUAGUCCCAAAGUCAUCUUUCACUUCCUUUCCUCCACCAGGUUCUCAGCAAGCUUCUCUGAGUAAUUCUCAUCAUCUUAAUUUGUCGUCUCUUUCUAGUGGACCUCAGUCACCAUUCUCUCCACAGAACAGCUCUCCAUUAUCUAACUCAACUCUUCAUUUGCCUGGUUUGCCUCGUGGAUUUCAUUACAAUGCAAACAUGUCACACCUAACCUCACCUAAUCUCUCUCGUAACAAUCAGCUACAAAACCACUGGAUUAGCCAUGCUGGUCUUCUUCAUGGGGAUCAGUCUGUCCUUUUAAACAAUAUCUUGCAGCAUCAGUAUCAAAAUGGGCUAUUACCUUCACAGCUAAUAUCUCCACAGCAGCAGAGACUGCACCUUUCAUAUCAACCGCCUUUAGCCCAUUUUUCAGCAUUACAGUCCCCAAUGUUUAAUAGUGUUCCCUCACCAUCACAUUUGAGUAAAUAUGGAUUAUCUGACAAGAGAGAGUCGAAACACAAAUCAUCGCAAAAAGGCAAACAUUCUGUCCGGUUCUCUCAUCAGGGAUCUGAUGCUAUUAGCCACAGGAGUGACAGUACUUUGCCACAAUUCAGAUCAAAGUACAUGACUGCUGAAGAAAUAGAGAGCAUACUUAAAAUGCAGCAUGCUGCAACCCAUGGCAAUGAUCCUUAUGUAGAUGAUUACUACCACCAAGCUCGGCUUGCAAAGAAAUCUUCUGAAACAAGAUCAAAAUAUCGUUUCUGCCCAUCCCACCCAAGGGAACAAUCUUCUCGUUCUCGUAAUAGUGUUGAAUCACAACCGCAUCUCCAUGUUGAUGCUCUUGGAAGGGUAUGCUUUUCUUCAGUGCGUAGGCCUCGUCCUCUUCUUGAAGUUGACCCUCCUCCCUCUGCUUGUGGAGAUGGUAGUGUUGAGCAGAAAAUAUCUGAAAAGCCUCUGGAGCAGGAACCAAUGCUUGCAGCAAGGGUAACAAUUGAGGAUGGGCUAUGUCUUGUUCUGGAUGUGGAUGACAUUGAUCGGCUUCUACAGUUCACUCAACCCCAAGAUGGUGGAACCCAGCUUAGGCGGAAGCGCCAUAUUCUUUUGGAAGGUUUAGCUGCCUCUCUUCAGCUGGUUGACCCACUUAGGAAAAGUAGCAAUUCGGUUGGGCUGUCUCCCAAAGAUGAUAUUGUGUUUCUACGAAUAGUUUCUAUCUCCAAAGGUCGGAAACUCAUUUCAAGGUUUCUUCAGCUUCUUUUACCAGGUAGUGAACUUGCUCGAAUUGUUUGCAUGGCCAUCUUCCGCCACUUAAGGUUUCUGUUUGGGGGCCUGCCUUCUGAUCCUGAAGCGGCAGAAACCAUUAAUUAUCUUGCCAGAACAGUCUCCUUGUGUGUUAGUGGUAUGGAUCUUAAUGCACUUAGUGCAUGCCUUGCUGCUGUUGUUUGUUCCUCUGAACAGCCACCUCUUCGUCCAGUUGGUAGCCCUGCUGGAGAUGGUGCCUCAGUCAUCUUGAAGUCUGUUCUAGAAAGAGCAACUCACUUAUUGAGAGAUCCACAGUCCACCAGCAACUUCAGCAUACCUAAUCCUGCUCUUUGGCAGGCUUCAUUUGAUGCCUUCUUUGGUCUGCUGACAAAAUACUGUGUUAGUAAAUAUGAGAGUAUCGUGCAAUCAUUAAUUGUUCAAAACCCACAAAAUGCAGAGGUAGUUGGUUCCGAGGCUGCAAGAGCUGUAAGCAGGGAGAUGCCCGUGGAGCUUCUACGUGCUAGUAUCCCACAUACUGAUGAGAGUCAGAAGAAAUUGUUACUGAAUUUUGCUCAGCGGUCCAUGCCUGUUACUGGUUUUAAUUCUCAUGGUGGAAAUAGCGGACAAGCAAAUCCUGAAUCCGUGAGAGGUUAGCUCAGAUGGUGACAACUUGGACACACUCUAUGAAUUGUAAAUGCUUUCGUUCCCUGGGCUGCUUUGCUUUUAGUGUUGCUGUUUGUAUGUUUGUCACAGCACAAAGAUGGAAGAUGGGGCAUGUGUAUACUUUAGGCGGGAUUUUAAUGCCUAAAGUUCUACUUUUGGAGUCACUCAAUGCCCAUGGUGUCCUUUCUCUCUCCCUCCCUCCCUUCUGCCUGCAUUCUCCUCUCUAUUCCCCCUUUGUUUCGGCAUUUGGGAAAGGGGGUUUAUUUUCUGCCUAUUUCAUGAAUAUACCGUCUUACAAAACCAUGUAUUAUGUCAAAAGCUCUUUUAAAUACUUUUUAUUGUGGGGAGCUUUAUUUGACAGUCUUAUGUAAACUCUGGAUUGAAGAUUUAACUCUACGGGUGAAAUGUACAGGUAAGACACUAAGAUUGCUGACAAUUGUGGUGUUUCCUCCCUCACUUGGCUCCAUUAAAGUCUCUAUUGGGGAGCAAAAAGAAAAAGUUCUUGUUCAUCUAGUGAACACAGAAACGCUGGAGCUAGGCUUUCAAGAGGAAACUUGUAAUAACAGCAAACAUUGUUGGUUGUUAAAUACUAGACCUAGUUGCCCAUUGUGCAA